AUGUCAGGAGUUUGGGUUUUCGAUAGCAAUGGUGUAAUUCGCCUGGCAGCGGAAUCUAAUGGAAGGAGAAAGGUAUUGGUGCACUUGCCAUCAGACCAAGUGGUAUCUUCAUACGCUUGCCUUGAAGAAAUUUUGAAAGAGUUAGGAUGGGAGAGGUACUAUGGUGGUGAUCCUGAAUUCUUCCAAUUCCACAAACACUCUUCCAUUGAUCUUAUCACUCUUCCUAGAGACUUCUCCAAGUUCAACUCUGUCAACAUGUAUGAUAUUGUCGUUAAGAACCCUAACAUGUUCCAUGUUAGAGAUAUGGAGACAGACAUCUACAGAGCCUAA